UAUAAAAAUAUUAUUAAAAUAGGUUUUAAGUGAAAAUUUUGAGACAUUUUUUAUUUAAUAUUACCUACAGAAAUAUUUUACGAAUGUAAGAAUAGCAGGCAUCGUGGGGUUUCUGACUUAGUCAGUUGUCACAGUUUCAUUAUCGUUUGUUCCACUAAAAGUUUCACUCCAAUUCGUUGCUAUUGACCUAAGUGCUAAUUGUCCAACCUUCAGAUGUUUUGCUUAGCUAACCUAUAGGCGGCAAAGUGUAUACGCACAGAUCGAGCUUUUGCAAUAAACAAUUGAUGAUUGUUGUCAAAACAGAUGAUUUGUGAAAAUGGAUAGAUUGAAUCAGUUGAGGAGCGAAGCGGGAGGAUCUGGAGACUCAUCAUUGGACACGUCUUCGGCGGCUAGUGAGGCUUAUUUGACUGCGAACGAAAAUUCCAAAUAUUUUUCAUUGUUAGAAGAUGAGGCGAGCUUUAAUAUCACUAAGGAUGUCAAUUCCGAUCAAGAAGCGGCGGUCGCAGAUAAUUCGAUGAUAUCGAAUUUAUCACCGAUUUCUAAAUCGAGUGAUUUGGACAGUUACAAGAUCGGUAAACAAAUAGAGGCAUCGAAUAUUUUAUUUGGUAGUGUUAAUAUUUUUGAAGAUAAUGAAAACUCUUAUGAUGGCGAUGAGCUUGUUAUCGACGACAAUGCUCCGGAGAUUGAUGAAAAAGGUAACUUGGAGGAUAAAAUUAUUGAGGAUAUACAAUAUGGUAAGGUUGAAGAUAAUUUGGCGGGAAAUAUAGAUGAUGUAGAGCCAGCCAUACCAAGUAAAGACACGGAAGUAGUCCUCCAGAUUGAUGGUAAAAAUGUUGAUGCUAUUGAUAUUGGCAAUGGUUUGUAUUUGUAUAGAAAAGAAGGUGAAGAGGAAUUAGCAGCUGUACAGAUAGUAAAUGAUGAUCAGCAACAGUCAAGCUUCAAAUUCCUAAAAGUUCGUGAGAACACCGAAGGGAAUUUAGAGGUCUAUGAAGAAAUUGAAAUAGAAGUCCCUAAGGAAGUUCCUGUGAAGGAAGGAAAAACAACAGAGAAUGUAUCUCAUAUCCCAAUAAAAGAUAUAAACAAAGUAAUUAGUGAACCAACUAAAGUUGAUGAAAAGAAAAUCACUAUCCCUCAAAAAGAAACAUCUACAAAUGAAAUAAAUGUGGAAUUGAGUAAAGAAUCUCAGUCAGAUUCAAAGUCAGAAGUAAACCUGAAUGGAAAGAUGAUGAAGUUCAGUGAAUCUCGAAAAUCUCCUGUUGUUGGUAGUUUCACACCAAUGACAUAUCAUUCUACCCCUAAUAAAGAAGGUAUUCCAUUAACAAAAACUAUGGUUGAUCAGCAACUACACCCUAGCAGACAUUCAGAUAAUGUGAAAAAAACAAUAGAAGUCCACACUGACAGCUCCAAGCAAAAGAAUUUAGAUUCACCUGUUAAACAUUUUAAAGAAAUUUCUGAUAUAAAUGUACCAGUACUACCAGAUAAGGAGUCAAAACAAACACCAGAAGAAAACAAUGAUAUUAAUGAAACACUGUCAGACAAAAAUAAUGUUGAAAAACUUCCAGAGAAAAAUUUGGUAGAAAAUCAAGAUACAACUGUUAGCAAUGAAGAUAAGGAAGAGAAUAUGAUUAAAAAAGGUUCGGAGGUUAGCAAAUCUGAUACACCAGCACAUAAAGAUGAAAUAACAAAUGAGGAAAUGAUUAUCAAAGAAACACCAAAGAACGUUAAUCAAUUAUGUCCCCAAAAUGAAGAAAUAAUAAAGCAAAUACCUAAUGAUACUAAUAAUACAUCAAUUGUAAAAAAUAACGAAGGUAUUGUAAAUUGUGUUGAUGUUAAAGACACUUCUGAAGACAAAGUUGAGUCAAAAGUUGAAACUAUUGAAAAAUCUAAACAAGAAUGUGGAAUUAUGGAAAUUGAACAAACUGUUGUGAACAAAAAAACCGAAGAAAUUCAAACAGAACAAAGCUUUACAGAGGAGAGUAAUUCAGAAACAAAAUUAGAUAAAGAAAUGAAAAGUUCCACUAUUUCAAAUAAUAGCACAUUAGAGGCAACUGCAGAAUCUGUCAAAGACAUUCCAGUUACAAUGCAAGAAGCUACAAAGGACAGUGUAAAGCUGGCAAGAGAUAAAUCCCAAUUACAGAAUAUAGAAAUUGAUAAAGCAUUGAAAAUCGCUCCCCUUGAGAGUAAGACCUUGACAUCAGAUGAGACAGAAAUGGAUCAAAAUAUACAAUCAACAAUAGAUUUGCCAAAACAAAAUUUAAUACAACAAGACACUAAACCCAACAACAAAGAAGAUCAAGAUAAAAGUAAAAUUAUAAUUGAAAAGAAACAGGAAGAAAGCAGCAAUCACAAGAUGACUGAGUCAAAUAUCAUAGCUCCACAACCUGUUGAAUUAAAAGAUAAAAGUAAAACAUUUGAAAGUCAUGGAAAAAUUCAACUUAAUGUCAAAAAUGAAACUAAAAAGGAAAUCUCUAAAAUUACCAAGCAUGUAGGCUCAAAAGCUGUAAACAAUAACAAUGCUGCAGUUCCAUUUGGCAAGUGGACAGAAGCUAACAGACAAGAGUUUCUAAAUAAAAUUAAAGAAACUAAAGUAACAACUAACAGUUCCAAUACGAAGCAGAUCAAACAGCCGAAUGAUUUGAAUAGAAGAGACGUUUUACAGAAAAUUGAUAGCCAAAGACAACAAACUAAUAAUGCUAUGGCCAAAGUUCAAGAGCAACAAAAACUAACUUCUAACAAAAACGAAACGGCUGCAUUUGUUAAGUCUGCAGUCAAACAUGACUCAAAACAAGUAGUCAAAGAUCGUCCAACGUCAAAAACUAAAUCUAUAACUAGUAAAAAACCUUCAAAAGAUGAUUCUUCUUCAAAUCAUCAAACUGACUCCGCCAUUCUGCUACCAAUUUCUCACACAAAUAUGAAAGAGUUAUUACAAAGAAGAGAAAUAAACAAUCAAGCACUAAUUGAUAAAACUGUUGAGGAGAUUAUAAACAGAGUCCCUCCAGCUAAAACCACAAAUAAAGAUCGAACACAAAAUAUUUCAAAUAUGGAAGGAGUAGAAAAACAGAAAGGUAUGACGUCAUUCGGGCCUUCAUAUCAUGCUAACAACAAUCAACCUGUCACUUUAGAUGAAAUUGAAACUAAAAUGAAUGAAUUACAUGGCAUACCUUUUGUAGAAAGACCAGCCCAUGAAUUACCUCAGAAAUUUGUUGUUGAUAAUAUUUUAUCUUUGCAAAAUGAUAAUCCCAAAAACAAACCCACCAAUCAAACUAAUUUGUUAUCACAGUUGAAAAACACUGUGCAACACACAAAUGAAAUUGUACACAUAGAUUCAGACGACGAAAUAAUAGAACAUGAACCAAUAACGGGAGAUGUAAAUCUAAAAAAGAUAGCUUCUGAGAAUCCAAAAGAAGCACAUGACUUAAGAAUGGAGCUAACUCACAAAGCAAGUGACGAAUCGAAAAAAGAAGUUAUAAUAACAGAAAAAGAUUUUGAUAAAUUUUACAGAAGAAAUUCUGUAACUUACGAAAAUUGUCUUACCGUUAAUUUAGAUGGCAAAGAGACACAUAAUGUUGUACAAACUACGGUAGAGAAAGAUAUCGCUCCAAAGAAAUUAACAAGGAAUGAAGUUUUAUUGGCCGAGUCUAAAGCGAAAUCAACACACAAACAGCAAAUGUUACAAGCGCGUCACAGUAACUAUCACAGUAAAAUACCUGUUUCUAAUAAACAUCAAACAUCUGAAGAAGAAACUUACGGGAAGAAUUAUCAAUCAAAAGUGCAAAUUGCAUAUCAUACUGCUUUGACUGCUAAACGUCAAAAAGAAAGCCCAAUUACCAUAAUCGAAGAGAAACCAGUAAAGGUGGUAUUUAUGGAUUCUAGUGUUGAUUUCGUACCAAGUCAACUAAACGUGCAGGGUGAAAAAUUAUCUCCUAUCAAACAAUUUACACCAGAUUUAGAAACAUUUACUCACAGCACAACAGAUUCUUUAGAUUCUGAUAUGUUAGACAACUUCGAUAAUAAAACACAAGAAGAGACUAAAACUAAGAGUAAACAUCAGAGGAAACAAGUGUUAACUCCUGUUGAGGCCCCAGAAAUGGAAUUAAUUCAAUCCGACGAUUUAGGGAUUGAAAUAUCGCCAAAGAAAAAACGACGUAUUGAAGAUAAGCUUGAAAAAAGUCCUAAAAAUCAUGUUCCAAAAAAAUCAUACCUCCUAGGCCGUACUAAUGCAGAUGAAAAAAAUAAAACGACGGAGGUAGAUAAAGUUGCUUUUAAUGACAUUAACAACCACACUAAUUCGUAUGUUGCUCAUCCGAAUCCAAUAAGUGCCAUUGAUAACUUGGUUAAAGCUGCCGAGUUAUUGGAAAAUCAAGCUGAAAUCAGCAGUAGUUCGAUAAAUACACAAGAAUCUGAAACUCAACAGCAAACGCCUCCUAAAAGGGGACGGGGACGUCCGAGAAAAUAUCCCCUUACUGAUGCAGACUCGGAUAAAAGUAAAGCUCCAAGUCCACAGAAGAAGCCAAGAUUAAUGGAUGCCAAAGCACCCAAGUCACCGAAAGUUCCGAGUCCCGAGCAAACCGAGGGAGACGACGCUAGCGACGACCGAACUGUAAAAGAAAAUUGGACAAUGGGUAAAAUAAAUGAAAAAAUUCUGUGUCCUAUUUGUAAUAAGCUCUUCCGAAAUGAAAGUGUAGUUUAUAAACAUGUUAAACAUUGUACAGGUCCAUCGCCAAAUCGUCCAGAAUCCGACACAAGAAGGUUAAGUGAAUCUCAAGAAUCUGAAAAUAAAUCACACGCAAGUAAAUCUGAUGACGUGGAUUUACAAGAUGAGGAAACUCCCAAGAAAAGAAAAUCAGAAGAAAGCGUACCAAAAGUUUCUGUUCCAGAUGACGACAUAAUAGAAGAAACAGUUAAUAAAGAAAAAACUAAUAAACAACAUGAAUCAAGAAAAUCGAUAAUAAAAACCAAAAAUGUUAGUAAACCUAAUAAUAACUUAGUAUGUGAAAUAUGCGGAAAGAGCUUCCGACACUUGUCGUACUUAGCUCAUCAUAAAUUGCAACAUAAAAAUGAAGAUUCGAAGAAAAAUGACAGCGAAGCGAAUGUCAAUAAGUCAGUUUUUAGUUGUGAAAUUUGUAAAAAGGAAUUUAGAAAGUUGCAUCAUUUAGUGCAACACAGGAUUAUUCAUAAUCCUAGUUCUAUGUCGACUAGAACACUACGUAAAAGUUCAUCUGAACAAGGCGACAAUAAAAUUGUUAAAGAGCAGAGCGCUUUAAAGCAGACUGAGGAUCAUAGUGCUGGGUUCCGCUGUGAGCCAUGUGACAAGUCGUUUAGAAAACUACAUCAUCUUGUCGAACAUAGAGAGACGCACGAUGGAAUAAAUAGACAAAAAGCUAUUGAAGUAGAAACUCCAAAGCCAGCACAGAUACAUCAAUGCGACAUUUGCGAUAAAACAUUUAAGAAACUUCAAUUAUUAAAUGAACACAAGGAGCAACAUUUAGAAACAUGUUCCGAAAAAUCUGAUGAUAAAAGUGUUAAGAGUUCAUUCAGUUCUACUAAAGACAUUAUACAUGAAUGUUCAUUAUGCUACAUGGUUUUUCCUAACGAGCUAUCCCUCAAUAAACACACAGAAAAAUGUUUAAGAAAAAAGAAACAGUCAAUUGCGAAAGCUAAACAAGCCGCUUUAAACAAAGAAUUAGAAGGAGAAACUCUGGAUACAGAAAGUCGUCAAUCGGAAGAGUGUCUUAAUGAAAAAGAUGAUUCAUUGAUUAUCGUAGAAGAUAAUGAAGAAGAGAGUUUUGAGCCAAUUGAUAUCAAACAAAAUAAACCAGAAGAUGAAAAACAUAUUAACGAUAUCAAAGUUGAAAAAUCUGAGGCUGAUUGUAAUAACGCGGAUGCAUUAUCGAGUGAACAAAAAGACAUAAAUAAUACUACUAUUACGCCUAUAAAACAGGAUCAUGUUAAAAAAUCUACUGAGGCUAUAGAAAAAGAACUAGAACAAACUGUAACUGAAACUGUUAUUAACAAAGAAGUUAUUAUUCCUCAACACAUACCUUCAAAGAUAAAAAAUGACGAAAACCUUAAACCAAAAGUUAAUGAUACAUUAGUUGAUAAGAAAAAGAAUAUAAGUAAAGAAAAAGUAAUCCCUACUAUAACUAAGCGAAAAAAGAGUUUAAAUGCGCCCGUUCCUGUCGUUGAGUCUUUAAAACCUUCGAUAGAAUCGAGUGAUGAAGAUGACGUAAGAUACAUGCUCAAUCCAGAUUUCAAAGAAGAAACUUCAAUGGAAGAAAAAAGCUUUAUGAAAAUCAAAACUAAAAAGCGAAAUUCUUUACAUUUCGAAAGACCCAGUUCAAGGGAUUUGUUGAAAAGAAGAAUUUCUAUGCAACUGCCGCUGAAAACGUCUCGCUUGAAAAAGUCUACAGAACAAAUCCCAGUCGCAACGACCUCAUCCUCAGAGACUAAGUUAACUCCCAAAGCCAAUGAGAAGCCAACGACUGCCACUGAUUCUGACGACAGCGACACCAAAUACGCUUUCCCCGAAACCGUCAAAGAUACCCCCACCACCAGUGAAGUGAAGAAACCUCAGAAAAGGAAAUCGAUUGCGACCAAACGGAAAUUAUUAAGUGGAGUAGUUAAGAGAAAAUCAUUGGGAAAGCCUACUAAAGUAAAGCACAAAUUGAAACCGGAACCAGUAAAACCUAUUAAAAAACGCACAACAGAAGUGGAACACAGAUGUGAUUGUGGUAAGUUGUUCAGCAGCGCGGCGCUACUGUCGCGUCACACCACGCUCGACCACACGCCGCCCCGCAGUCGCCGGCGCCGGUCGCCUCCGCCCGAAGUCGACACCAACGUCGCCAAAGUUACAAAAAAAACUCCCCCGAAAAAAAUUAAUGUUAAACAAACUGUGCAACCUAAAAAAGUUGAAAAUGAUAAUAGAAAAUCAGGCGUUGCGACUAGAAAAUCAACUACGAAUAAUAACGACGCGAAACCGUCCCGGGAUACGCGGAAAUCUUUAAAACACACGCCCGCCGCGAAGACGCCGAACAUGGCCGCGCACAAGGGCGUACCCGUCCCCGACGAGUUGAGGAAACACGUCGCCAAACAACAUUUAAAAAACAAAUAGUUUCGAUUUCGGGAUAAUGGAUGCGGGGACAUUUUUUCGAUGUAAUAUAGUUUAAGGAGUAGGGAAAUCGCUAGUUAUUUAGAUGAUAUCGCGCGGACAAACUCACAAUACGGUAACAGAAGGACCACAUGUAUCAUAUAAUUAUUUUUACAAACGCGUCGAGUUUAUGGUGCCUACAUGAAAUUUGAAAUAUUUUUAUUGUGAGUCGAGCGUUGGUUUUGUCUACGUGUACAUUUGCGAACUAAGAUUUAUAAUAUUAAAUAGUUAUAUUUUGUCAAUUUGUUUUAGAUUAAGUAUGAUGUACGAGAGUUGAUAUUUAUAUUGUUAUUUUUAGGAUUUUUUGAGUUCAUUAUCCACAGGUGCAGUGCAAUUAAAGUUGGAAACUGCAAUUUAUGUUUAGGGCUGUCCAUGAAAUGUUUAACACUCGUUAGAAAGGUUUUGAGACCAAGAGUUUAACUACAAGAAAAGGGGAAGGUAUUUCAAUUAGAUUGAAAUCUCUUAUCUUAAUAAGUUAGAAUCGUCGUUCGAAGGUUUUCUACAAGUUGUUGCGCGAUUCAUGUAGUCAAUAAGUAUUAAAUAAUGCAAACACAAUAAGAAAUGAAGAUAAUUGUGACAUUUUUGAAAGAAAUAUAUAUAUUUUGAUACUUGAAUUGUAAUGAGGAAUGUGAUAAACGAUCACGAAGUGUGAUCUCAUAUAAAAAUUUAAAAAUUAACAAAAUUUUUGCAACUAGUUUGGACAGCUCGUAGACAUUUUGUGACAUUGUUGUAACCCGCGUAUUGGAAAAGGCGAGUCGAAUUGGACAUUUUUAAUAUAAUAAUAAUAAAAGGUCACACAUUUUUUUAUCAAAUUUAGAGACAUAUCUAUGACUGUUUUACUGUAAGAAAAAAAAUAUGAAAUAUAUUACAAUAAAAUAAAUGAAUUUUCAAGAGCUUAUAGACAUUGUUUUAAAUAUUAUUUUAUAAUGUGGAAUUGUAAUUUGCUGUAGUGAAUGUAAGAGCUUCCGUUUGUAUUAGUUUAUGUUUCCGUAGCAUUCGUAGAGUAUGUUUGACCAUCGUAAAAUAAGCGUUAGUUUUAUACGACAGCGGAUUUUUCCGAUCGGUGUUUUUAAAGUCGACUCAAUUUUGAUGAAGUUUUAUAUUGGUAAUAUACAACAGACCAAAAAUGUCUAUUUUUGAGGCGAUAAUUUCAUCGGCUACUAACUAGUAACUAUACAUUUCUCUGCAAUCUCAACUAGUUACAAAUAGAAAAUAGAUAAAUGUGGUGCAUAUUUAGUUUGUCCGAUGUACUUUUGAGUUUUUAGCCACCUUAGGACCAAAUCGUUUAAUUCUGUUUGUAAUGAUAAUUAUAAUAAAGUUGUUUUUAAUUUUAAUUGAUGUUUAUUGUACCGUGACUAACAACGUAACUUGUAAGUAUGAGUAGAUCGGUCUCGUGAGAUUUAUGUUCUAGGAGCAUUUAACAUGAAAAUUUUAUAUAUUAUGUAGGUAGAAGAAUCAUUAUUUUUCAUAUGAUGAUGCAAUUUUCA